AUGUCUACAGAGCAUCUGGAAUACACCAGUGGAAGGAUAUUGUUAAAUGAGAAGCUUCUGAGUACAGAUUACGUGAAGCAACGUCUGAGGAGGCCCUCUGAAGACGACGAUCUCUACCGGUCACUCUUCAAUGAAUUCAGUUUGACAAAAAACAUGAAUGAAGAGUUAUUUCUCGAUUACUUUGACCAGUUAGGCACGUUAAUAGUUAAAUCAAAGGGAUCUAUUAAUCCAGAUCAAUUUUGCAGAGAUGCAGUUCAAUUUUAUAGCUCAAUGAAAGGAAUUACAAAGUCUCCUCCCAACACAAUAGGCAUUUCCAAAUACUUGUUUGAAGUUUUACGAACCAACAAAACGUCUUUGCCUUCUGAAAAAAUAAUGAUCUCCUUCUUAAUGACUUUUGGCUCGUGGACCCAAUGUAACAGUUUCAAAGAUUCCUGUUAUAACCUUCUAGUUUCUAGGAUUCAACAAUGUUGCUUUUCCCUUGAUUCAUUUAGUAAUCCACUGUCCCAGCGUUCGUUAAUGCUAGAUAAGAUUUUGGAGAGAUCGGUAUCACAACUUGGACCAAUAUUGUUUCUAUAUGCUUAUCAGUUAGGUAACACCAAUGUUUAUUCCAAUCAAGAUUACGAUAUGCCCCGAACGUUGAAGAAUUUCCUCUUAUACUGUGCAAAAAGUACAAUAUUCCUGUUGAAAUGGUCUACUAGUGUUUUGUUAGUUAACUAUUUCUCCGCUGCUGAUUACUCACAGAGAUCCCACAAUUUCAGCAACCUUUUGCCUUAUAUCAUAGACCUCACUUAUCAAGAGGCAGGAAAUACAACUAUUAUAAAAGUCUUUACAAAAUUGUGCUCUCUACCACUAGAUAUGUACCCAUUGGCUUUAAUUUCCAAGAUAUUAAAAGGUGCUCCAGAUAUAAACAAAGUUUUAGUUGAAGUUGACUAUGUUUCGUUUAUCAGCAAUGUAAUCAAUGACUAUUAUAAUGAGGAAGAAAAAUAUAUUGCAGAGGGAACGUCAUUCAAGCUUUCGUUGUGUUUAAACAUACUAGCGCAUCUUGGGAUGGUCAACGACAAAAAUAAAUUGAGAAUUUCGUCAGGGCCUGCUUCUACCCUAGUUUCGAAUACAUUAGUGAAACAUCUUGAAAUAUUAAAGUAUAUGCGGACAUCAGAAUGUAAAGGUAAUAUAGAUAUUCGUAUUGCAAAUAAGGCCAUCUAUUGUUCUACAAAUUUGACAUUUGCUGCUUGCACCAUACUAAGAUCGCUUUCUAGGUCUGCUUCCUUGUUACGUUCCCAGUUCAAAUCUGAUAACAACGUGCAGUUGUUGAUUGAGAUACUCUCAGUGAACGGUGAAGAUCUCUACGUUCCAUAUCAGUAUGAUAGUGAGGAAAAGCUAAAGUCCCUAAUACUGAAUAUUCUGGCCAACUUAGUUCUAGAAUUGAAUUCACCAAAGAGGAGCAUAAAUUACUCCGUACUCUUAGGACUAGUUAGAGGAUUUUUGGAAAACGGAAAGUCUGAGGAGCUUGUCUGUGCUUCGCUAUCACUUUUAAGAAACAGUUUAUUCUCAAGUGAUGAAUUUUUUAUCCAAAAGUUCAAAGAAAAUGUCCCAGCUACACUAAUACUAAAAUACAGUAAGAGUAAAAAUGACAAGAUAAAGUUAAGCUCCUUGAAUAUAAUUCGAAACUUGUUUGCGUGUAGCUUAGAUGUUUCGAACUAUAUAUUCAAUGAAUUCAAAGAUAUCAAUCAAGGGCCAGAAUGCAAAUUCAUUGAUUUCCUAAAAGGUGAAUUGUGUCAUUCACAGAAUAUGGAGAUAGUCCUGUCCUUAUGUUAUAUUAUUAGUAACUUGUCUGUAUGGCAACCGGUAAACAAAAUUUUCAUUGUGAAAAAUGAGGGGCUAAUGAUGAUAAUGAAGGAAUACCUGGCAAAACCUAUCAAUCAAUUUCCAAAAACAGAUCUCGCAUGGAGCAUCAAGUCUUGUAUUUCUUGGAUAGUCAUGAAUGUAUUGACAAAUGGAUCAAUGGAAGAGUCUGAAAGAAUAUGUCAUGUUGAUUUAGAAGAUGCUUCUUUGGCAGACCCUACUCAAAGGGCAAAACUCUUAAUAUCAUGGGGGUUUCUCAAUUCGUUAGGUGACAUGAUUCAUUCAUGCGACGAUGUAGACUCAAGGUUGGUUUUGAAUAGGGCAUUCGUCCUAUUAAAUACAAUAGGCACGACCUUACACUAA